UUCCACCGUCAUGACCCCAGCUUUAUUGAAACUCGAUGCCAAUACCAUUUUCCUUCCAUCUACAUCAGAUGUGGAUGCUCAAGUUUUGAUUCCCUUGUUGAAUGCAACACUAGAGCCUACAUCUCCACGACGAUUUCAAACUGCUUUUAUUGAAGCACCUACUGUACCCACAACAUCAGAGGAAGCAGCGUUUGGUCAAAAGUGUCUUGACACGGCGUUUAGUUAUUAUGAGGACAAGUGGAUGGACACACACGAAGGCUGUUUAGAAUCUUGUGAUGCACACUACAAUGACCUACCGCCUAUCAGAUCAAACACGUCGAACGCAGUCAUCGCGAAUGACUUGCGUCGUGAUCAUUCCUUUUGCUACUUUGAUCGCAACCAUGUUCUUCAUCAUCGAUCUCAUGCCUUUCAACAUCACAACAACGAAAAGAUUGAAACCCAAUCCGAACGCGCAGUGGAAUGGAUCAAUACAGUUGCUGAAGUAGCUGUGGGUGUGGUGGACAGUAUGCAUUGUAUUGCAGAAUGUCUAGACGAUAUGAGCAGUUCGGUUCAAAAGCUUUGGACUGCUUUCAAGUAUGUCCCGUUUGGAUAGAAUAGCCAAAAUGAGGCUACCCUUUUGCAUAGUUUAGUAUCUUUGAUUUUACCCUCAAUUUGACCCAUUAAACAUUAUAUUUGGUCAUGC